GAGGCAGAAAGGGCGUGUUUCUGGCGCGGCGUUUCCCCUCCCCUUUCUCAGGUCCCUCGCUCCGGCUCUGCGCGCUCUCCCGCCGCAGCUCUCUCGGGGCGAAGCCGGGAGUUGGGGAGGAUUGGACGGAGCAGCCCCGCCGCCGCCGCCCGCUGAGCCCGGCUCGGACACGGCGGGGGCUCCCCUCCGUCCGCGGCGCCCGGCGCCCCCAGCCUCGUCGCGCCCUCCGCGCCGCUCUCCCCGGCGUCGGGCCGGGAGAAGCCGGCGGCAUCGGGGGCCUCCCGCCGAGGGCGCCGCGCCCUCGCAGCCCCGCGCCCGCAGACCCCGGCCCGGGCCCGGCGGGGCGCCCCCUGCCCUGCCCUCCUCUCCCCUCCCCUCCCGCGCGCGGGGGCCCGGUCGGCUUCCGCCCUCGCGGGGCUGCGACCCCAGCCCGGGCCGCCCGGCCGCCCGCGGCUCCAGCCAUGGGCUCGGGGCGCGUGCCCGGGCUCUGCCUGCUGGUCCUGCUGGUCCACGCCCGCGCCGCGCAGCACAGCAGAGCCGCGCAAGAUGUGGAUGAAUGUGUGGAGGGGACCGAUAGCUGCCACAUUGAUGCUAUCUGCCAGAACACCCCGCGCUCCUACAAGUGCAUCUGCAAGUCUGGCUACACGGGGGAUGGGAAACACUGCAAAGAUGUGGAUGAGUGCGAACGAGAAGAUAAUGCGGGUUGUGUGCACGAUUGUGUCAACAUCCCUGGCAAUUACCGAUGCACCUGCUAUGAUGGAUUCCACCUGGCACAUGAUGGACACAACUGUCUGGAUGUGGACGAGUGUGCUGAGGGCAACGGUGGCUGUCAGCAGAGCUGUGUCAACAUGAUGGGCAGCUAUGAGUGCCACUGCCGAGAGGGCUUCUUCCUCAGCGACAACCAGCACACCUGUAUUCAGCGGCCAGAAGAAGGAAUGAAUUGCAUGAACAAGAACCAUGGCUGUGCUCACAUUUGCCGGGAGACACCCAAAGGGGGUAUUGCCUGUGAAUGCCGCCCUGGCUUCGAGCUCACCAAGAACCAACGGGACUGUAAAUUGACGUGCAACUAUGGUAAUGGUGGCUGCCAACACACGUGUGAUGAUACAGAGCAGGGUCCCCGGUGCGGCUGCCACGUCAAGUUUGUGCUCCAUACGGAUGGGAAGACGUGCAUCGGGGAAAGGCGGCUAGAGCAGCACGUCCCCCCUCAGGCCGUUUCUAAUGAGACCUGCGCUGUCAACAACGGGGGCUGCGACAGUAAGUGUCAUGAUGCGGCCACGGGUGUCCACUGCAGCUGCCCCGUGGGCUUCAUGCUGCAGCCAGACAGGAAGACCUGCAAAGACAUAGACGAGUGCCGCUUGAACAAUGGGGGCUGUGACCACAUUUGCCGCAACACAGUGGGCAGCUUUGAAUGCAGCUGCAAGAAGGGCUAUAAGCUGCUCAUCAAUGAGAGGAACUGCCAGGAUAUUGACGAGUGUUCUUUUGAUCGAACCUGUGACCACAUAUGUGUCAACACACCAGGAAGUUUCCAGUGCCUCUGCCAUCAUGGCUACCUGCUCUAUGGUGUCACCCACUGUGGGGAUGUGGAUGAGUGCAGCAUCAACCGGGGAGGUUGCCGGUUCGGCUGCAUCAACACUCCUGGCAGCUACCAGUGUACCUGCCCAGCUGGCCAGGGCCGGCUGCACUGGAAUGGCAAAGAUUGCACAGAGCCGGUAAAAUGUCAAAGCAGUCCUGGUGCCUCAAAAGCCAUGCUCAGCUGCAACCGGUCUGGCAAGAAGGACACCUGUGCCCUGACCUGCCCCUCCCGGGCCCGGUUUUUGCCAGAGUCUGAGAAUGGCUUCACGGUGAGCUGUGGCACUCCCAGCCCCAGGGCCACUCCAGCCCGAGCUGGCCACAUCGGGAACAGCACAAACUCCAACCACUGCCAUGAGGCUGCAGUGCUAUCAGUUAAACAGCGGGCCUCCUUCAAGAUCAAGGACGCCAAAUGCCGUUUGCAUCUGCGAAACAAAGGCAAAAUGGAGGAGGCCAGCAGAAUCCUGGGGCAAGGGGGUGCCCCCUGCUCUGACUGCCAGGUCACCUUCAUCCACCUCAAGUGUGACUCCUCUCGGAAGGGCAAGGGCCGGCGGGCCCGGACCCCUCCAGGCAAGGAAGUCACUCGGCUCACCCUGGAACUGGAGGCAGAGGUCAGAGCCGAAGAAACCACAGCUGCCUGUGGACUGCACUGCCUCCGACAGCGAAUGGAACGACGGCUGAAAGGGUCCCUGAAGAUGCUUAGAAAGUCCAUCAACCAGGACCGCUUCCUGCUGCGUCUGGCAGGCCUCGAUUAUGAACUGGCCCACAAGCCAGGCCCAGGGGCUGGGGACCGAGCUGAGCUGGUGGAAGUCUGUAGGCCUGGACAGCACCGUGCAGGGGCCAAGUGUGUCAGCUGCCCGCAGGGAACGUAUUACCACGGCCAGACGGAGCAGUGUGUGCCAUGCCCGGCGGGCACCUUCCAGGAGAGAGAAGGGCAGCUCUCCUGCGACCUUUGCCCUGGGAGUGAUGCCCACGGGCCUCUUGGAGCCACCAACGUCACCACAUGUGCAGGUCAGUGCUUGCCUGGCCAAUACUCUGUAGAUGGGUUCAAGCCCUGCCACCCAUGUCCACGCGGCACCUACCAACCUGAAGCAGGACGGACCUUGUGCUUCCCAUGUGGUGGGGGCCUUACCACCAAGCAUGAGGGGGCUGUCUCCUUCCAGGACUGUGACACCAAAGUCCAGUGCUCCCCUGGUCACUACUAUAACAUCAGCAUCCAUCGCUGCAUCCGCUGUGCCAUGGGCUCCUAUCAGCCCGACUUCCGUCAGAACUUCUGCACCCGCUGUCCAGGAAACACAAGCACCGACUUUGAUGGCUCCACCAGUGUGGCCCAAUGCAAGAAUCGCCAGUGUGGCGGGGAGCUGGGUGAGUUCACUGGCUAUAUCGAGUCCCCCAACUACCCAGGCAACUACCCAGCUGGUGUGGAGUGUGUCUGGAACAUCAACCCCCCACCCAAGCGCAAGAUCCUUAUUGUGGUACCCGAGAUCUUCCUGCCAUCUGAGGAUGAGUGUGGGGACGUCCUCGUCAUGAGAAAGAACUCCUCCCCAUCCUCCAUUACCACCUACGAGACCUGCCAGACCUACGAGCGGCCCAUUGCCUUCACGGCCCGCUCCAGGAAGCUCUGGAUCAACUUUAAGACGAGUGAGGCCAACAGUGCUCGUGGCUUCCAGAUCCCCUAUGUUACCUAUGAUGAGGACUAUGAGCAGCUAGUAGAAGACAUCGUUCGAGAUGGCCGGCUCUAUGCGUCUGAAAACCACCAGGAGAUUUUAAAGGACAAGAAGCUUAUCAAGGCCUUCUUCGAGGUGCUGGCCCACCCCCAGAACUACUUCAAGUAUACAGAGAAGCACAAGGAGAUGUUGCCAAAAUCCUUCAUCAAGCUCCUCCGCUCCAAAGUUUCCAGCUUCCUGAGGCCCUACAAAUAGUGCUCCUGGGGCCCAAGACCCAGGUUUUAAAGCCCUCAGACUCCUUAGCCCUCAGAGCCGGCAGCCCCCAUCCCGAGAUGAGGAACUCUCUCCUCUCUUUCUUUUGGAGGAAAAAAAAUAUCAUUAUAGACCAAGCACUCUCCCUUUCUGUCUCUCUAGCUUCCUUUCCUGCCUCUCUCUGCCUCUUUCUUUCUCCCUCUCUCUCUUUACUAUGGUCCCUUUUCCUUACAUACUCCCUGGAAAAGCCAUUAAGUGCUGGCUCUAUUCCCCCUGAGGGGUGAAAGAACAGCAUCUCCUUCCCCUUCCCCUUCCCAGCCACACUGCCCAUUUUACCAGCUCACUUCCCUGGCCCCAUCAGUUUGGAAGGGUGCUAGAGGCCCACGAAGGAAGUGGGUCUAGUGGGGGAUGGGGAGGGGGAAGAAGGGCUUCUGCCAUUAUAGGGUCGUGCCUUGCUAGUCAUGAGCCAAAAUGUCCCCUGGCUGUGCCCCCCAGGGUGAUUCAAACAACCCAGGGUUCUGCCAAAGAAUCCUUGACCUUCAGGCUUAAUGCCAGCACUGGUCCUCUGGGGCGCGUGGUUUGAGCCCUGUACUGCCCACACAGCUGGCUUUCUUGUCUACACAGCUCCUCUUUCUUCCCCCACAUGCCUGCUUGGGGUCCAAUCCACGAGGGCUCACAAAAGGCCCAUACCACUGGGCUAGUGGAUACUAGCUGAAUGAGGAAAAACAGCAGGCAUUACCAUGUUGAAUGUGCUGCUGUCACUCCCCAAGAGGAAAGACUUAGCUCUGCAGGACAGAAACCAGGUUUUAAAGCAUCACCAAAAAAAAAAAAAAAGAAGAAAAAGAGAGAGAGAGAGAGAGAGAGAGAGAGAGAGAGAAAGAAAGAAAGAAAGAAAGAAAGAAAGAAAGAAAGAAAGAAAGAGAAAAUGUAUCAUCUGAAGGACUAGACUACAAAAUUGGAAGCCAGCCUCAAACACUAACCCCUUUUCUUUCUUGUCUUCCUGGCCCAGCCAUCUCCUCACCCCUACCUGAGUGCUCCCUGGGGGAGCCCUACUCUCCUUGCUAAGUGUUGUCUUUAGAGAAACAUGGCUGCUGACCAGAAGCCAGCCUGGGCCUUGCCCCAAAGUUGUCUUGUAGCCCCAGAUGGCUUGUGGGCUCCACCAAAGAGGAUCCUGCUCAGCAGCCAGCCAAGAGCCACCUACCUCUGGCCCCAAGCUGUGGGCAAGAAGAGGAAUGUGUGCACACUUGGCGAGCCUUCUGCCCACCCUAUCCACAUCUAAUAAGUGCAAUCAUUUUGAGUCUUCCUAUGUUGUCUAGAGGGAGGAGUUUUGUUUUUUGUUUUUGUUUCUUUUUCCUAUAUUAGAACAACCCUAUUUAUAGCUGCCCAAGAGAGAAGAGUGUAUGUUUGAAGUGGAAGAAAAAAGGUUUUGAAGCUCAUGAACCUUGAGUGCUGGAGCAUCUGAUCUGUCUCUGCUCUCCCACCAGUGGCCAUCCAGACUGCUGGAGUGCUCAGCUGGGGGAACCCAGAACUGUAGCUCAGAGGCACCUGAUGUGUAGGAGUAAUUCUGGGGACGUGAUGGAGCAAGAAGAGGGACCUGUGUUUGCUAAACCAAUCCUACCAUCCCUGUGCCCCCCCCACCCCAUGGAUUCAGCAUGGACCUCAUGGUUGUAGAGGCCAAUGAACUGGUCAGUGAUUCUCCACUCUCAAGGAGGGAAAGCCUCCAUCUUUUCCCUGCCUUCAUCCUGUUUUCCCCCAGGUGUGCAUAUGGAAGAGGAUCAGGACAAACCCCCAGGGGAUGGGCUGACUCAGGGCCCUGAGGCCAGAGACAAGGCUAUGGGUACCAAGAAUAGGACAAGUUAUCUAGGCAUGCAGUUGUUAGCCUGACCUUGGCGGUCUGCCAUUCCCUCUGGGAGCAGACUCAAGACUAGUUUCUCCACUACUGUUUUUCAAAAGGAAGAAUUCAAGUCCAUGCCCAAGCUCACAUCCUACACCUCAUUCCACUGCUGCCUAUAAACUUAUUUUCCAUUUGCUCCUUUUAGUUUCCCCAAAACUAUAGAAAGCUAUAGUUCUAUUCAAUCAAAAGCUGCCGAUUAACUUCUAGGGUUCAUUUCUAAGUGACUGUCCUAGACUUUUGCUCGGGAUCCCUGGGUGGCGCAGCAGUUUGGCGCCUGCCUUUGGCCCAGGGCGCGAUCCUGGAGACCCGGAUCGAAUCCCACGUCAGGAUCCCAGUGCAUGGGGCCUGCUUCUCCCUCUGCCUGUGUCUCUGCCUCUCUCUCUCUCUCUCUCUCUCUCUCUCUGUGUGUGUGUGUGUGUGACUAUCAUAAAUCACUAAAAAAAAAAAAAUAUUACCUAGGCUUUUGCUCCCCCAGGAGACUCGACACUAAACAAAGGGGCUUGCACCAUCCCCUCACUCCCUAAUCAGUAGGCCUUAGGCAGUAGGUAGCCAAGGUCAAAGCUAGUUCCCCUGAACUCCAUUAGCCAACACCAUGACCCUUGGAAGCAGAGUAUCUGGCUUCUUUUGUCUCUCUGAGUCUCUGAGGGCUCUGCUAUAAAGACAAAAAAAAUGGCUGCUUGCAUACAAGAAAAUGGCCAUUUAAUAGAAGUAUCAACACUUCCAGGAAAUGCCAUGAAAACUGCUUUAAGCAACUCUGACCAUCCUAAUUCUCCACCAGAAGCUAGGGUAACUUUCUGAUUCUCUCCCUGCCAUUGCAUCUCUCUUAGCUAAAGAGAGUACUUCUCAAUUUUAUGCCUCAGGGUCUGGCUUCUUGCUCUUCUCCUUUCUUGUCACCCCAUACAUAUACACAUAAACAUACUUCCUCCAAUAAUUUAUUUCAUGGUUUCUGGAAACUGCAAAUGAUUUUCACAGUAUGGAAAGUAUGUAUAGACCACUAGGCUUAACUAAUGUCAAAACAGAUCUUGGUGAGCAGGUAAAGAUCUGCUAAUGUCCAUCACGCUUAGUUUAGGUCGUCCUGCAAGUUGGGGUUAGCAAUCCAGGCAAAGCUGCUGCUCAACCUAUGGAGGAGGCCAGUCCUGGGGCAUCAAACCAGGGGGUGAGUGGACUGAAUGAGUCAACACUCAGGGACUCUCUAGGCCUUUACAGGUCAGACAGAAAAAAGGGUUUUACCAGUAUAGGGAAGGAAGAUGGUGUGAAUGGGAACCCUUCAUGAACCAGUCCCAAGGCCUCUGCCCGAAGGUGUGUUUACAGGGCCAUAGGACCGUGAGGCCUCAUUUAUCUUAGUAUAAAACCUGCCCUGAUCUGAGUCUGGGGAUGGGAAGCCAUUUCUGCAAGGACUCUGAGCACCAAGUGGUACACAUCAGAAAGGCACUUAAAUAUUCAGCAACAUGGCAAUUCCUUUUUACUUCUCUGCCUCCCUCUUUCUAUAUUACUAGGCCAGGUCCAUUCCCUAAAUCUGAAGGAAUGGGAAGGAAACUCUCAGUCAGGAGAAAACUGACCAGAGCCCAGACUUGAGCUGUCCUGCCCCAGACCUAUAAACUCCCAGAAGCAGACAUUGAGCUGUGACUGCUCUGAGUAACUCCAGCCAGGAUUGGUUUAGUUUGAGGUAAUGGAGGCUCAGGCUUGAUGCUGAAAGUUCAGUUAUACAGCCCUGGUCUCUGGCUCUAAAGAAAUUUUUUGUAUCUGAGAAGUGUUCUCCCUAUGUAUGUUUGAGGGGACUUUGUAGUGGAUUGGUAGGUCAUAUCUCAAAAUGUCAGAAAACAGAGUAUUCAAACUUUUGUAUUUGCUGCUUAACCUCAAUGUAACAGGCUCAAACUAGGGGAAAGGAGACAAAGCAUAACAGAUCAUAAGCAGAAAAUAAUGUUAACCUGCUUGGCUUCUUUCUAAAGCACAGUAAGAGAAAAAAGUGGAAGCAAACAACACAAGGAUAUCUUUAAAUCUGACCUGUCUCAAAGAUAGCACACCCUGUCCUUGGGCCGUUAUUUGGACUAGGAACCCUUUAAGAAAAUAUAUGAUUAGGGAGAAUAGAACCCCUAGUUCUGUUAUUAGCUUAUCUACACAACACAUUUUAGCAGUUUGGACAAACUGAAAACUUUAUUCUUCUAUGUGAGUUAAACUGAAGUUUCAGAGAAUAAUCAUUUCUACAUGGGAGACUUUUUUUUAAUGCAGAAGAAAAAAAUCUCAAAAUGUUGUAUUUAUAUCUGCCUUCCACUGCUGCCAAUAUAGUAAGCAUCUCCUACACAAUCAACAAUAAGCAGUAAAUGAUGCAGUUCAUAGAGUAUUUUGCACUUGGGGAAAAAAUGUAUCUGAACUUGUAAAAAGGAAUGUUUGGAUUUUGUAUUGUCUUUUUUUAUUAUUAUUAUUAAAAUACUAAAUGAAACUCCUUGGCCUGACAUCUUUUCCUUUGUCUCAGUAGUUUAUCCUGGAGCUGAAAUAGCUUUGAGGAAACAAAGUAUCUUCUGGCUUCCAUACAGGACUUAUAUUUUUCAUUUAUCCAUCUUAUUCCUAAUGAUUUUGGAAUUUGAAAAGGCCUGUCUCUUUGUCUAUUUUUU